AUGGACUAUGUUCCAGAAUUGGGGAAGCAUGUUCCGAGUUGCUGGGAGAGUCGUUCUCAUUCUGUAUAUCCACUUUGGUCUUGUCCAUUUUGGUCUUGUCCAUCUUGGUCUUGUCCACCUUGGUCUUGUCCACUUUGGUCUUGUCCACUUUGGUCUUGUCCACUUUGUCCACUUUGUCCAAUUUGUCCACUUUCAUCUUGUCCUCUUUCAUGUCCACUUUCGUCUUGUCCUCUUUCUUUCCAUUCCGCUCUGUCUGCACAAAGCUCUCGCUCCCCUCUGUCAGUCCAUUCCCGUUUUUACCUUGCAUCAACUUGGCUAGGCGAGGGUACUUCGCCGGGUCUGGAAACACUUUUUGCUCUUGAGCACGCUGAACCAAGCGAAAAAACUGCUGCGACACAUCCGUCGCCAGAUCAAGCAAGCGGUCGACCUCCGCCAGCAAAUCCUGGCCCGUCUUUUUCGCACUUGUCGCCCGGCCAAUUCUUCUCGUGCGUUGCUCCAACCGUUUUUCGAUCUUAUGGGCUAGUUUGGCCACACGAAUGUUCAAAAACUGGAUUUUCUGCUCGAUGGUCAACGCGCGCCGGAUCUCCAGCCGAAGAUCUUUCUGGUAGUUGGACUUCACAUUCAAAAGCGAUUGCACCACCGCUCCAGAUUCUUGUCGGAGCGGAUUCGCAAGUAUGUGGUCUAGCCGAAACUCAUUGA